CCUGGAAGCAAAAAGCACGAUGGACGGCGACAACGCGGACAUCACGCAGGACGAGACGAAUGACAUGGAGGUAGACACGACAACGACGGAGGCGGCGGUGGAAGUCCAAGAUGAAGUGCCGCGAGAAGUGUCGAUCGAGGACGCGGACAUUGGAGCGCAGUUUGGCCGCGUGUUGAAGUGGACGGACCUAGGUAUCCACCUCCACACGGACAAAGUGAACGCGGUGACGUUGACCCUGGACGCGUUGACGCAGCAAGAGUUGCAAGUGCAUGUGCGUGCAUUGAUCGACGGGCACCCGUGGAGCUACGAGUUUCUCUGUGGAGGGCAGGGCAACACGGAAGCGAGUGUGCUCAAGCGCGGGGUCAAGGGCAAGGAAGUGGACGUCGCGUGCACAUUCUGUGGCCGCAUCUGUUCGGACACGACGGCAGGACACUACUGGUUCCACGUGUCCGUGCAUCCCGAGUCAGGUCAAGAACGAAACGACGCCAUCCAGAUCUCCAUGGGGGUAGGAAGUGUCGUCGGGGACAAGGCCGUGUUGGUCGGCAAGGACAGCAUCCUUCCUCGAUCGUCCAGCGUCGUGAUCGAAUCCAUCGGCAUUACAAGCGGUCGGUCCGCGCUCAAGUCUCGCAACGUGCUCUUGCGGUCGCAUGUACAGCCCACUCCCGCCGUUGCUUCCGACACGAUCUUGACUGUCAUGAGUGACCCGUCCGGUACGGACCUGCUCACGGCCGACCAGCGCGCGUCGUUUGCCGCUGCAUGCGAGAGCGCCCGCCGUCGCGCCGACCGUUUCGGCGGAACCUACAUACCGCCGCCAGCCAAGCACUUUCUCGACUCCAAGGUGGUGCGCAUGAUGCAGCGUAGCGGCGCCGUGGCCGACAAAGGGUUCGCCACCGGCUUCGACGUCAUGGCGGCGGACGAAGUGGCCAAGCGGGACGCGCGGCGCCACCGGUUCAACCUAUCGAUGGACUACGACACGAAGACGGCGCUCGCGAUCUCGGAUGGCGCGACCGAGGACGACGUCCGGCAGCAUCAGGAUCAACUCGCGCGGCGAGCGGCGCGGUCCGCCAAGUUUGGCAACAUGGCGACAUUGGAUCUCGACGCGGCGUCGGCCAAGGUGGCGGCGGACCGGGUGGACAUUGACAUGACGCUCGAAGCGCGGCCAGAUGCGCUGCACAUGUAUUCGCUCGACACCCAGUUCAGCAGGGUUCGAACCAAGGAUAUUUUGGCCUACUUUAAAGGGUACGGGCCGUCGUACGUGGAAUGGACCAAUGAUUCAAGCUGUACGAUUGUAUUUCACGACUCAUUUACAGUCACUCGGGCGUUGCUGGCGCUGACGUGGGAACUGCCGCCAUCAUCAGCGUCGACGGGGGUCCAAAGCCCCCUCAUGGCACAAGAAGGGAAGGAAGAAGGGAAGGGAUGGCGCGUCGGGCGAGAGAUUGGCGCCGCGGAUGACGAGGAUAUGGACCGACGGACGUGGCGGGUGCUCGUUCGCCGCGCAACUUUGCGCGACUUUCCGCCGGAAAAGACAUGGAAACGACACCAGUACCACAAGUCGACCCAUCGGCGCAUGCAACGCCCAGUCGCCAACAAGCGCCGACGACUAGAAGACGACGAAGGUCCGGACAAGCGAGUGCGCGGCGGCGAUGAUGACACGAUGGAGUGAUCACGUGUACUAGUCUUAGUAGUACACCUUUUUGCGAUUAAUUUCAGCUUUUUUUCACUAUA